GUCAUAGGUCAUAACGUUUAUUGAUUAUUAGUAAGCAAGACAUUUAAAACAAGUAUAUCGAGUACCUAUAUACGUUACAUGUCCUCACUUACCUAUGUUAUAACAAAUACAUUUUUUUUCUUUAUUACUGAAGUAUUGACUUAUAGACUAUUAUAGUCUACUUGGUCUAGUUAUCUAGUGUCCAGUCACUGGCUUAUGUUCGUGCUCGAUAGUGCUAACUGCUGAAAAUAUCAAAAUCUAUUUUGAUGAACUGGUUGUAUUUGAAGACUAUUGUUAAAGUGUUUUAAAGCUAUACUAUCAUUUUCAGAAUUGUAAAAAGUUAGUCACAUAGGAUGGCAUCUGCUUACAGUUCUGAAACAGUUGACGAUAUCACAGAUAUCACUGAAAGUUUGAAACAGUUAUCUGUUGCAAGAGCCCAAAUUAAUUCGUUGAGGAAACAGAAUGAGUCUUUAAAAAAACAGCUGAAUGAAAAAGAUUUGAUUGCUUCAAACGAACCAAGCACAUCCAGUACCUCUGGAAAAAUAGAACUAUCCAUUAUUGGAACGAUAAAAACAAAAUUUAAAGAACGUAGAGGCGUUCCUCGACAACCUGGUCUCUGUCCACUAGCCCAAGCUUGUCUGACAAUAUCAAACUCUAUAUUCACUAAUCCUAACCAUGCUCUUGAAGGUCUCUCGGAUUUCUCUCAUAUGUGGAUUUUGUUUCAUUUUCAUAAAAAUGAAACCACUCAUGUCCAUGCAAAAGUAUCACCACCUAGAUUGAAUGGAUUGCGAACCGGUGUACUUGGCACUAGAUCUCCACACCGACCCUCACCAAUUGGUUUGUCUCUAGUGCAAAUCGAUAAAGUUGAAGGAAAUUCUGUGUAUUUUUCUGGUGUGGACAUGAUAGAUGGUACUCCAGUGCUUGAUAUCAAACCAUAUAUUCCUCAUUAUGAUGCACCAGCUUCCUUAAGAUCUGACCAACACGUUUCAUUAUUUGAUAAUGGGUCACAUCAAAUACUAUUGGAUCCAUUGACAACUGACCGAGAAGCACCUGAUGGAGAAGAAACUGAUACAUAUGAUAUGCCUCUUUCUCCACUUCAUACAAGGGUGCGAGUACCUCUGUGGAUUACUGAACCACUGAUGCAACAACUAAUGGUGGAGUUCUCGCCGAGAGCAAGAGAAUUUUUAGACUCAUUGGAUACUAAUGAUAUUGAAGCAACUAUAGUAAGCAUAUUGAAAGAAGACCCUCGAUCAGUAUAUGUCCGUGAGCGUUAUAGUAAUCAAUUUUAUACAUUCUUAAUCGGAGGCUAUCAUGUGAGUUGCAAAUUUGAUGAUAAUAAACACACAAUAAGUGUCUACAGAAUAUCAUAUGUUGAUAAUAUGGAGAAUGUACCUGAUCAAGAAGGUGCCCAAUGUUUGUCUAUAGAUUAAUAUUAUUAUAUUAUUAGUAAUUUUAAGUACAAUAUUUUUUUUACAACUGUGUUCCUUUUUUACAUCUCUCUUGAAAUAUUUUAACUCUAUUUGUAAAUAUUUAUUGUUAAUGUGAUAUUAUGGUAUGAAAAUUUAUUGUUUUUUUUUUUACAAAAUAAAUAAUCAACUUAAGUAGUUUGAUGAAAUCCUAUGACUGUUAUCGUUCUUAGUUUUAAUUUAUUUAGUAUGAUUGUUUUGUUUGUUUUUUUUUUUAUAUUG